GUUGUUUUUCUGUGUUCAUGGCAUGGAAUUGGGCCAUCAAUUGGCAAAUUGAUCACAAAUUCGAUACUUGAAAAGUUUUGAAAUGUAAUAUAUGUCUUCAAACUUUCUAAGUGGGUGUAAACCUGUUCCUGGCUUGAAUCUUUAGCCGUUAUGGAAUCCUGAAUCGGAAACCUUGUCUAAGAAGCCUGAGCCUUUGCCUUUAGACACUCUGCAGGCUUGGCUUGGCCAAGUUUAGUGUGAUUCUUGCAUUCCACUUUGGGAUCCAUGCAGCCAUGGUACUUGGGGCGCGUUUAGUCUCCCUGUGCCUCGGAGAGCUACGCCGAAGUAUCCUGAAGUUCAGCUCACCGGGCAGCGUGCUUCUCGCUGGCCGCCAGGUACUCGCACGGCGCGUGCACACGGCCGAAGCACCUUCUCCGUAUCAGUCCUCAGAACGCUACACGAAUGUCGCCAAGGAUGUCGUUCUGUACACCUUCAAAAGUGUCCGCUGGUAUCGAUACAUGACCAUGUUUGCGGCUGCGCAGUUUUUCUUGUGGGCGCAGCUGGCCCAUUUUUCCCUGCAGAACUAUGCCCGUAUCAUGGAAAACCGCAGGCAAGCCAAAGCCGCUGCUGCAAAUGGCGGCACAGACGAUGCUGCAGACUUACCCGCAUUGACGGAUGCCUCGACCGGGAUGAAGGAUGCCGAAGGGGGAAGCAGUAGAUCAACCGUUUCCCAUGUCACGGGUGAUCUAGAAAAUAGUACCAACAACUCUCCUCCGAGGGUGCAAGGCUCAUUAAAUCGAUGGUACGUCAAAUACAUCAUGGGACAAAUGGAUGAAGAUCGCCCGUACUAUUCGCUGACUAUGGGGAUAUUGUAUUUAUUCACUGGCGUCGUUUUAGCACAUCUGGGCUUCCUGUAUGCACUGCGAUCCGUAGCAAUGUUAGUAUUACGGAAAGGAGGCCAGCAAGUGACCGUUAUGACCUAUGCACCGUUUGGGUUUACCCGUAGUUUUACGGUGCCCAUCGACAAUAUGACGGCCAAACAGGGCCGCCAAGGAGUGCGAGCCUUUCUGUCCUUGAAGAUCCGUGGUCGUCCGUUAUAUUUUCUAAUGGAUAUGUCCGGGACGUUCCAUAAUCCUGCACUGUUCGACGUGACAGCCGGUUUACACCGGUCUUGGCGGAAAUAGCGUCGCGGAAGUCGAUAAAGGAAAAUCGAUAAACCGAAUGCGGAAAUGUGUUUCUGCAUUGGGCAGUUGAUCCCGGAAUGGCUUUCGCGUCGGCAAAGCGAACUUUGCUCAAUCAGGAGCCCAGCACGGACAAAGUGUUCCGAAGUCAACUAGAUAGUAAUCGGGCAUUGUAUGGCUCGUUGAAAUGGAUCACGAUAUGAAUGCAUGGCAGCUUAUCACUGCCCGAUCUGUUAUCGUUUGACCUGUUAUCCGUUUUGAACUAUGUCCCACCGUGAUGUACGACUAGUUCUCUGUGUGAUCAAAUUUUCAGUAAUACCGUUUUAUUUUGUUUAAUAAAUACUGCAUUACAUAGUAACAAUAA